AUGAGAAGCACUACAGCCAUGGGUACAUUUCUGAUUGUGGUCUUCCUGUUGUUUUUAUUUUUAGUGGUCUAUGCAAUAAGCAGUCAAUUAUCAAAUGUCAAAAAAGGUGAUAAGAAAAUCACGAGUGAUAAGGGUCCACAGCCCGUUAUUGCUGCCAUAGGGGAUGACUUUAAUUGGAAGGAAACAAGCCCCCGUCCUAUUAGACCAUUCGUAAAUAAAAAGAACUUUAAUGUAUCUAUGGGAAUAAGCAAUUUAGCUAAAACUCCGGAAGAUUGGCUUUUGAUAGAAAAUACAUAUGUUGAACAAACGAAAGCUAGAAAAGAGUACACCACUAAAUUUCCAGGAAAUACGACACAUGUAUAUGACAACGAGAUUUCCAAACUAGCACUUUGUGAAUUUUAUGAAAAGGUUGUCGAAUACCUUUUACAGAGGUAUCCUCAGUACUUUCAGUCUGAAAAUGGUCUUGUCACAAACCUAAUAAAUGGCGAGGAGUUUCCUUUAAAACCUUAUGAUAUUGCUCCUCGAACUCUACUCAAGUAUUUGGCUGCUAAUAUUGAAGAAGACUUCCUAAUUUUAAUUAAAGAUAACCCCAGUAACGAAGAAGAGGAGUAUAUUCUAAGAGCUAGUGUCACAGGGUUUCCAGCAGGAUUUGAUCCCAGCAAACACUUUAAUAAGCCCAUCUCUUUCAUCCAUGGCCCUGUACCUCAAUAUGAAAGUCGCCUCAAGCUCUCAAUGACAAGAUUCUUUAAUCGGCUAGAACCCAAAGAUUUAUGGGUUAGACACAAUUGGUCCAUACAGACUCAUGCAUCAAGGUUCAGUCUCCAUGAAAAUCAUGCUUAUGAGGGUCAAAAGAUCGAGGCUUUAGCGAUGAGUGACAUAGACUUCGAAAACGGUUGCUUUUUAAGAGUAGAGAGACAGAUUUUUACGAGGUUACCAAAACUGAGAGCAAAUAUCAUGACUGUGAGAACUUUUUUAACACCAAUCAGUCAAGUUAAAGAAGAGGGUCUCGCGGAAGAGCUUACAAGAGCUAUUGAUUCGCUCCCUGACGAGAUAGCUUUUUACAAAAAGAGGGAUGCUUGGGGCGAGGCAGUGAAGCAGUAUUUAAGAAUAUAA